UUGUCCACCAUCAUUUUCCAGACGCUGGUGCCUGCCCACUGGUGCCACGUGCCCGGGAGAGAAAACACGUCCCUCACGCUAGACCAGUGGAAGAAUCUCACUAUACCUGCCGAUGGAGGCCAUUUUUCUGAGUGCGAGAAAUACAAGAUAGUUUGGAUGGAGGACGAGAAUCAGCCUUUAAAUAUAUCCGUCGACAGAGAAGAAUGCACCGCGGGUUGGGAUUUCGACACGUCAGAGAUGGUGUCCACGGUGGCGACGAGUCACGGCUGGCUGUGCGAGCGACGCCGAUAUUCCGACCACAUUCUCGCCGUCGGAACCGCAGGGAACGCCGUGGGCACGCUGAUCCUGCCCUUCCUUUCAGACAGAUUCUUCGGUCGUCGCUUCGUGUUCUACCUCUCGCACGUCCUGUACCUGGUGUUCACUCUAGCCUUCGUGUGGACGCCCAGCUACAUAUUCCAGCUCGUCUUCCGGUUCAUGGCUUCCCUCAGCUUCCAGACCAACUAUCAGAUGCCUUAUAUUAUUACGCUUGAGUUCCUGCCGCCUUCCAGACGUGGCUUGGGUGUCCUGGUGUCCUUUGUGGCUUGGACGGCCGGAAUGUGCUUCACGUCCCUGGUGGCUUGGCUUAUCCCGCGCUGGGACUACCUCGCCCUGGUCUCCUGUAUCCCCCCGGCUUUGUGCUUCCUCUAUUUGCUGUGUCUCCCAGAAUCUCCCAGGUGGCUUCUCAUGAGCGGAAAACUGAAGGAGUGCGCCGCCGUCCUCAUCCAGGUGGCGAAGUACAACAAGAAGGAGCCGCCCUCCGCUUCUGAGCUCGAGGCCGAACUCCAGGAACUCCGAGACAACCACCCGAAGGAGGAGUCUAUGACACACGUCUUGAGUUACCCCAAACUGCGUCUGAGAGCUCUCCUUUCUUCAACACGCCAAUAG